GCUCUACCGUUCGUUUUUUCCAUCAUGGCUCCCUCAACAGACAGACUGGGAUAUUGGGGGCGACCAACCUCAACGCUGGAUUGGUGUGAGGAGAAUUAUGUCGUCUCUUUCUACAUCGCAGAAUUCUGGAACACUGUCAGUAACCUGAUUAUGAUCCUGCCUCCUAUCUGCGGUGCCAUCCAGACGUAUAAAGACGGCCUAGAGUACCGCUACGUCUACUCCUUCCUUGGACUGGCAGCUGUUGGCAUUGGCUCCUGGUGCUUCCAUAUGACGCUGCAAUAUGAGAUGCAGUUGCUGGACGAGCUGCCAAUGAUCUACAGCACCUGUGUCUUUGUCUACUGUCUAUAUGAAUGCUUCAAGCAAAAAAACACUCUGGGUGUAUUCCCUAUCAUGUUGUUAUUCAUCUUCAGUGUCUCAGUCAGUGUGGUGUAUUUACAAUGGAAAGAACCAGUCUUUCACCAGGUCAUGUAUGGUGCACUUGUAGCAUGCUUGGUGAUGCGCUCUAUCUUCAUAGUUACAUGGGUGUACCCCUGGCUCAAACCUCUGUGUUACAUCUCCCUGAGUGUCUUUCUGCUGGGGUUCAUGUUGUGGAACAUUGAUAAUCUGGCCUGUGACUCACUCAGAUCCACCAGACAGAAACUGCCCUCUGUUGUUGGGGCGGUGACACAGUUCCAUGCCUGGUGGCACAUCCUCACAGGCCUGGGCUCCUACCUACACAUACUCUUCAGCCUCCAGAUAAGGUCAACCUUUCUCAAACACAGACCAAAAGUAAAGUUCCUAUGUGGAGUGUGGCCAAUGUUGCACAUUGAGGCACAAAAGACUAGCUGAGUGACUGGGGACCAUGAAGGAUGGUGACUGCCAUUAAACAGGCAUCAGUACAGAGACCUGACCUGCCAGUCUGCCAACCCCCCUCUGCUGUCUAUGGGACAUAUGCACCCCACUACCAGAGGGCAGCCAGGCUACACCCCAACCUACCACUCCGGGGACCCUUUGGUUCUGCACUGUGACGAUUUGCCAAGUACAGUAUAGCAUUGAGAGUCUUUAUGGAAUUAUCAUAUUUUUCACUUUCAUCUAUCAACAUAUAGUAGAUUAUUAGAUUUUGGUGGUGAUGUUGUAGUGACAUUUUGUUUAAAUUUACUCUAACAUAUUUCCUGGAAUAUGGAUACCGCAUUUAAAAAAAUAUAUAAAUCAUACUAGUGUAUCUAUUAGAGGUCGACCGAUUAUGAUUUUUCAACGCCGAUACCGAUUAUUGGAGGACCCAAAUAAAGCCGAUGCCGAUUAAUCGGCCGGCUAAUUUGUAUUUAUUUGUAACAAUGACAAUUACAACAUUACUGAAUGAACACUUAUUUUAACUUAAUAUAAUACAUCAAUAAAAUCAAUUUAGCCUCAAAUAAAAUGAAACAUGUUCAAUUUGGUUUAAAUAAUGCAAAAAAAAGUGUUGGAGAAGAAAGUAAAAGUGCAAUAUGUGCCAUGUAAAAAAGCUAACGUUUAAGUUCCUUGCUCAGAACACGAGAACAUAUGAAAGCUGGUGGUUCCUUUUAACAUGAGUCUUCAAUAUUCCCAGGUAAGAAGUUUUAUGUUGUAGUUAUUAUAGGAAUUAUAGGACAAUUUCUCUAUACGAUUUGUAUUUCAUAUACCUUUGACUAUUGGAUGUUCUUAUAGGCACUUUAGUAUUGCCAGUGUAACAGUAUAGCUUCCAUCCCUCUCCUCGCUCCUACCUGGGCCCGAACGAGGAACACAUCGACAACAGCCACCCUCGAAGCAGCGUUACCCAUGCAGAGCAAGGGGAACAACCACUCCAAGUCUCAGAGCGAGUGACGUUUGAAACGAUAUUAGCUCGCACCCUGCUAACUAGCUAGCCAUUUCACAUCGGUUACACCAGCCUAAUCUCGGGAGUUGAUCAGCUUAAAGUCAUAAACAGCUCAAUGCUUGAAGCGUUGCGAAGAGCUGCUGGCAAAACGCACAAAAGUGCAGUUUGAAUGAAUGCUUACGAGCCUGCUGGUGUCUACCACCGCUCAGUCAGACUGCUCUAUCAUAUCAUAGACUUAGUUAUAACAUAAUAACACACAGAAAUACGAGCCUUAGGUCAUUAAAAUGGUCGAAUUCGGAAACUAUCAUCUCGAAAGACGUUUAUUCUUUCAGUGAAAUACUGAACCGUUCCGUAUUUUAUCUAACGGGUAAGUCUAAAUAUUCCUGUUACAUUGCACAACCUUCAAUGUUAUGUCAUAAUUACGGAACAUUCUGGCAAAUUAGACGGCCCAAACUGUUGCAUAUACACUGACUCUGCGUGCAAUGAACGUAAGAGAAGUGACACAAUUUCACCUGGUUAAUAUUGCCUGCUAACCUGGAUUUCCUUUAGCUAAAUAUGCAGGUUUAAAAAUAUAUACUUCUGUGUAUUGAUUUCAAGAAAGGCAUUGAUGUUUAUGGUUAAGUACAGUCGUGUAACGAUUGUGCUUUUUUCGCUAAUGCGCUUUUGUUAAAUCAUCCCCCUGUUUGGCGAAGUUGGCUGUCUUUGUUAGGAAGAAAUAGUCUUCACAGAGUUCGCAACGAGCCAGGUCACACAGUUCCUAACGAGUCAUGUUAGUUGGUAAUAUUAACUAAAUAUGCAGGUUUAAAAAUAUAUACUUGUGUAUUGAUUUUAAGAAAGGCAUUGAUGUUUAUGGUUAGGUACACAUUGGAGAAACGACCGUCCUUUUUCACAAAUACGCACCACAUUGAUUAUAUGCAACGCAGGACACGCUGGUAAUGCUAGUAAUAUCAUCAACCAUGUGUAGUUAACGAGUGAUUAUGAUUGAUUGAUUGUUUUUAUAAGAAGUUUAAUGCUAGCUAGCAACUUGCCUUGGCUUCUUACUGCAUUCGCGUAACAGGCAAGCUCCUCGUGGAGUGCAAUGUAAGGCAGGUGGUUAGAGUGUUGGACUAGUUAACUGUAAGGUUGCAAGAUUGAAUCCCCGAGCUGACAAGGUAAAAAUCGUUCUGCCCCUGAACAAGGCAGUUAACCCACCGUUCAUAGGCCGUCAUUGAAAAUAAGAAUGUGUUCUUAACUGACUUGCCUAGUUAAACAAAGGUGUAAACUUUUUUUUUUAAAUGGCCAAAUCGGUUUCCAAAAAUACUGAUUUCCGAUUGUUAUGAAAACUUGAAAUCGGCACCAAUUAAUCGGCCAUUCUGAUUAAUCGGUCGACCUCUAGUAUCUAUUGUAACAUUCAAUAUAACACCUUAGCAUAUUCACAAACCAUAAUAACGUCAGGUAGUCGGCAUUAGCUGGCUGUAUGUCAUGGUUGUGUUUAGACCUGGGAACUGUUUGUUACUCAUCCAUCCUCCUCUGAGGGGAUCUGGUCUAGAUGAUGCAGUGUGUUGGUCACAGACGGGACUGAAACAGGGACACAGGAAAAGGUUUGAUAUCAAUUAUCUUGUCCAUUUCUUUCCUCUGCAAGGGAUUGGUCACACAGGAAAACUCUGACUUCAAUAUUUGAUUUAUGCCAAGUGUGGAUCUGCAUUGCAAAAUCUGAAGUUGCUCUGAGAUUGUGUUUUUGAUGAUUUACUUUAAUAUUAUUAACAAAUCACAGGGAUAUGAUACAAUUUCAUCUAAGGAUUGUUCCACUGCACAAAAUUCAGUACCAUUUAUAUCAUAGUGGGAAUUCCACAUGGUCAUUAUUUUCAUGUGUACUAUUACAAAAAAAGUGUAUUUCCCAAUGCAAAAUAUCAUAAAGGCUUACCUAAAAUACAUACACUACCAUUCAAAAGUUUGGGGUCACUUAGAAAUGUCCUUGUUUUUGAAAGAAAAACACAUCUUUUGUCCAUUAAAAUAACAUCAAAUUGAUCAGAAAUACAGUGUAGACAUUGUUAAUGUUGUAAAUUACUAUUGUAGCUGGAAACAGCAGAUUUAUUUUAUGGAAUAUCUACAUAGGCGUACAGAGGCCCAUUAUCAGCAACCAUCGCUCCUGUGUUCCAAUGGCACAUUGUGUUAGCUAAUCCAAGUUUAUAAUUUUAAAAAGGCUGGUUGAUCAUUAGAAAACCAUUUUUGCAAUUAUGUUAGCAUAGCUGAAAACUGUUGUGCUGAUUAAAGAAGCAAUACAACUGGCCUUCUUUAGACUAGUUGAGUAUCUGGAGCAUCAGCAUUUGUGGGUUCUAUUACAGGCUCAAAAUGGCCAGAAACAAAUAACUUUCUUCUGAAACUCAUUAGUCUAUUCUUGUUCUGAGAAACGAAGGCUAUUCCAUGUGAGAAAUUGCCAAGAAACUGAGAUCUCGUACAACGCUGUGUACUACUCCCUUCACAGAACAAUGCAAACUGGCUCUAACCAGAAUAGAAAGAGGAAUGGGAGGCCCCGCUGCACAACUGAGCAAGAGGACAAGUACAUUAGAGGGUCUAGUUUGAGAAACAGAUGCCUCACAAGUGCUCAACUGGCAGCUUCAUUAAAUAGUACCCUCAAAACAACAAUCUCAACGUCAACAGUGAAGAGGCGACUCCAGGAUGCUUGGCUUCUAGGCAGAGUUGCAAAGAAAAAGCCAUAUCAGACUGGCCAAUAAAAAGAAAAGAUUAAGAUGGGCAAAGGAACACAGACACUGGACAGAGGACAGAGGAACUACACAUAUAUGUCUACACUGUAUUUCUGAUCAAUUUGAUGUUAUUUUAAUCUACAAAAAAUAUAUAUUUUCUUUCAAAAACAAGGACAUUUCUAAGUGACCCCAAACUUUUGAAUGGUAGUGUUUAUCUGCACAAGCUUUGAUGUUGCUGUCAAAACAAGGAAUGAGGGAUGAGAAAAUAGUGUUUUGACUGACCACUGACCCUGACUAAAUAAUUUGGAGUGGUUUGUUUUUGGAUGGAUUUGUCAAUUGAUAUCUAUAUGUCUGCAAUAUUUAAAUGAUUAUCAUUGUCCCGUAUUAUCCCACGCACAUUUGCCUGAAGGAUGACACUUUUGAACCUGUUAGUAUCUACUGUACUGCUCAGUUCAUGCGUAUCUUUUCGAAUGGCCACUAGAUGGCAUGGAUUGCCAUAUUUCAGUUUCAGGUUAUGUUCAUUUGCCAAAGGAUCCAGUCCUGUGAAAGGUUUAACUCUUACGGGUCACAAAUGUAAACAUAUUGGGGAAAUACUGUAGCUCACAAUGCAGCAUUUUGGGGUUGUGGCUAUGUGAAACUUCAUGUGACUUUGAUCUUCAAAUGUGAAAAUGUAAUAUAUAUGUCUCUUAAGUAAUGGAAUAACGCAGAUAUGAAGUGAAUACAGAGUGUGAUACAAGAACCCAUUAACCUUAUGGAGUACCUGAACUGCUACAUGCUCAGACAUUGUGAUACAUGCAUAUCAGUGUUUUGAUUAGGGUUACAUUCGCAUGGUUUUUGUUCUCAAACCUUAGAUUAGGUUACAAUAAUGUUUAUAUGUUCAGCAGCACCAUAUGAAGGAGAGAUAAGUAGUCAUUUAGAAAUUACAAUGUAUUUAAUGACCUUAAAUCACUGCUUGUAAAAGUUGGAAGGUGGACGGUUAUUACUGAUAAAAGGCGCCUUGUUUCAAGUGACCUUGAUGUUCACGAUCAAUCUAAACUGCUUAAAUAAAAUCCCCUGUGUGUUUUAGGAACA